CAGCAUGCCAUGUCGACACCCAGAAAACCACAAAAAGCAACCUAAAGCCACACCACAGCAUGAAAUGGACUGCUGAUUGGUCGACAAGUCCUAUGAAUACUUCCACCAGUUUUUUGGAUGAUAUCCUCAGGCCCAGGUCCUCUCCUCAGUUCUGCAUGGACUUUGAACCCAGUGGAGCUUCAGCACGUGAGCAUUUGUCUCCUCCGUGUCUCACGUCAUGCAGGGCAGAAAAAGCCUCAGCGUCUCAGCACUGGGACAAAAGUCUCUUCAGGCCAAAGUGCAGAGAGCUGCCGGGUUUUGAUUCCUUUGAAAACCGCUUCAUGAACCACAACAGAACAGUUAGAGAGAGGCGAUGUGAGCCUUGGUUCAAACACACUCGGCCCUCUUUUUCUUAUCAAACACAGCCAGUGCAUUUCUCCCUGGAGUCUGACCCGUUCACAACUGACCGACGUUCUUUACCUCCUCCGUUGUCCACCCACAUGCCCAAUCCUGAUCCGAGCAGCCAUCUCCAGACUCACAGACGAUCCAGUCACACUUCCGCCGAACCUCUCCUCAGCUCUCACCACUCAGACAUGAUUCAUUACCCUCCGUCUCACAUGCUGGACAGAAGCCCAGCACCUUCCCCCUUUUCUUUAAGCCCCGAGCACUGGUCCUUUCCUCCGAUGAAACUCUACUAAUGUGUAGUCUACAUGCACCUUAAUUCACAACAUUUAGCCUUUUUUUUGUUCAUAGUAAGGCUGUGUUUCUUUUCUAGUCUAAACUCAUCCACCCACUCUCGAUCUCAGGACCUCACAUACCCUGACUGCACGUUAAUCAGCCGAACACAUAAUACCGUUUCAUUUUUAACUGUAGACACAUUGCCUCACUAUUUGUGUGUGUGUGUAAAAUACAGUGAGUGUUGUUAUCAUCUGGUAUUGCUAACAGUGGCUAACCCGAGAUACGUUUCCGACUUCUCGAUUGGUACGUGGCAAACGUCACUCCUAAUUUCUUAUAUUCGUAUGAUCAUAAAGUCUUAAUUUUAAUAGCAAAUAUGUGUAAUCUUUUAUUCCUUUUUGUCAUUUAUUAGAAAAAGAAUUUCACAAUUAUGUAUUGUUUGCAUAUU